AUGCCAUCGAAUCAAUAUCACCUGCUGCAGCUGCACCUGCUGCUCUGCGCCCUGCUCCUGACCUCUGGCCAAAGGACGCCGGUUCGCGUUCCGCCGCGGAAUCUGCAGGUGCCCAACUUUGGGGGCGAGAGCUUCGAGAGAUUCGACACCGGAUCGGCAUCGACGUCGAGCAGCGGGAGCAGCGAGAGCCAGGAGACCAGCGAGGAGAUGCGGGAGCAACUGAAGCAGCUUCUGGGCGACCAGCUGGCUACCGCCUUUGCCCCCUUGGCCACCACGCCAUUCAGCAGGCGCCAGCCGGCCAUUGCAUCACCCAACUCGGGGGCGGCUGCCCGUUCCCAGUUCGCCAACGAUCCGGAUCAGGGCCAGGCAGAGGAGUCACCGGACCAGGACGGCGAGGAGGAAGAGGCAGAGGAGGAGGAGGAGGAAGAGGAGCAAGAGGAGGCCACUCCGCAACCUCAGCCACUGCCUCCAGCUUUACCGCAACCAGGAGGCGUCUUGGAGGAGCUGGCUGGUGGUCAGGUGGGCGAGGAGCUCGAGGACUAUAAUGCCUGGCGCGAUAAUUUCUAUGAACUCAACGAAGACGGAAGCUAUAUCUUUGGCUACUCCAUUCCUCAUGGCGUUCGUCGCUGGGAGAAGGGCUACUAUUCGGAGGAGCAGCAUGGUCGGGUGGUUGAGGGCUUCUAUGUCCAGCCCCGUCACGAUUCCCAGGGCCUGAGAUACGAGCUCCGAUGCUACAGAGCCGAUUCCGAGGGCUAUCAGCCACGUCCAGUGGAGUUUCUGAGGACGCCGCCAAUUGUGAGGCGCGAUGCAAUACCGCGUGUUAAUUGCUUUCAAAAUGCUAAAAAAUAGUGGAAAAUAAUUCAGGAAUAUUUAGAAACCAAACGUGGAAUGUGUGACUUACAGAUGCAAAAUCACUAGGUAACGCACUAGGAAAAGUAGUUUGAAAAUUAUGGUUUUCAAAUUACACAAAUCUUAUUUAACUGAAGAAAGUGGUAACUGCUCCAAUUUUUUUGUGCACGAAUGUAAAUAUAUGUUUGGAAAAUGUC